ACCCUUGCCCCCAACAGCAAAACGUCGCCGUUUCACUUGCAGUUACCUUCUCUUUCGUCUUCGUUGUCUUUUUUGCUCUCUUUGGAGGGUUCUUUUGCGGUCAACAGCUUAGACUUCAGUACCUUUCGGGGUUUUUUGAGCUGUGCCCAUGUCUCAAGUCUUUGGCUUUUCAGGUGGUGACGAUUUUUGCACUGGGGGGUCAGUAUAUGCGAACCCAAAGGAUGCUAACAUCUUCUUGUCGCUCGGUCGAUCAGUUGACUUUUACUACCCUCUUCCUAAGAGGUCUCGCAUCAGCGUUUCAUUUGAUCUCGAUGGAGAUUGGUUUGAGCAGAAGCAGAAGACAUCUAUUGAAGCCCUGCCAGAUGAGUGCCUCUUUGAGAUCCUUAGGAGGUUGCCUGCUGGCCAAGCUAGGAGCGCUUGCGCUAACGUGUCAAAGCGCUGGCUUAUGCUUCUAAGCAGCAUCUCCAAUAGUGAGAUUUACAGCAACGCAAAUGAAAAGGAGCUUAGUGACAAGGAGGGUGAUGAUCUGGAAUUCGGAGAUGAGGGAUUCCUCUCCCGGAGCUUGGAAGGAAAGAAGGCUACUGAUGUUAGACUCGCUGCCAUCGCUGUGGGGACAUCACAUCGCGGUGGAUUGGGUAAACUUUCAAUCCGUGGAAGCAACUCAGAUCGUGGGGUUACUAAUCUUGGUCUCAAGGCAGUUGCUCGUGGAUGCCCUUCUCUGAAGGCUUUCUCUCUGUGGAACGUUUCUACUGUUAGUGAUGAAGGCUUGAUCGAGGUUGCUGAGGGGUGUCAAAAGUUAGAGAAGCUUAACCUUUGCAAGUGCUCCGCAAUUUCCGACAAGGCUUUAAUUGAAGUCGCAAAGAAGUGCCCAAAUCUGACCGAGUUGUCUAUUGAGUCUUGCCCUCAAAUUGGCAAUGAAGGUCUACAGGCUGUGGGAAAGUUGUGUGCCAAUCUAAGGUCGAUCUCAAUCAAGGAUUGCACCGGAGUCGGUGAUCAGGGAAUAGCUGGCCUGCUAACUUCUGCUUCCGUUGUUCUGAGAAAGGUGAAGCUCGAGUCGCUGGCGGCUGUAUCUGAUCUCUCUCUGGCAGUUAUUGGGCACUAUGGAUUUUCGGUCACAGAUCUUGUCCUCAAUUGCCUUCCAAAUGUUAAUGAGAAGGGUUUCUGGGUUAUGGCCAAUGGUCGUGCGCUGCAGAAACUUGCGUCCCUCACAAUCGGAUCCUGCCGAGGUAUAACAGAUGCUGCUAUUGUAGCUAUUGGAAAGGGUUGUCCAAAUGUGAGGAACUUCCAUCUCAGCAAGUGUGCAUUUCUGUCGGACAAUGGGUUGGUAUCAUUAACCAAGGCAGCUCCAUCGAUCGAGAGCCUACAAUUGGAAGAGUGCCACAGGUUUACCCAAUUUGGGUUUUUUGGUAUCCUUUUUAACUGUGGUGCAAAAUUGAAGGCUCUUAAUGUCGUUAGCUGCUAUGGAAUUAAGGAUCUGAAUCUGGCACUGCCAGCUGGAUCUCCUUGCUCCCUUACCUCACUAUCAAUCUCUGACUGUCCUGGAUUUGGAAAUGCUAAUCUUGCUGUGCUUGGGAGGCUUUGCCCACGUCUUAAGCAUGUCGAAUUGAGUGGACUGGCAGGAAUAACUGACGCAGGGUUUCUUCCACUGCUUGAGAGCUCUGAGGCUGGUUUGGUUAAAGUUAACCUUAGCGGUUGCCUGAAUCUGACUGACAUAGUAGUCAUCUCCUUGGCCAAUUCACAUGGCUGGACUCUUGAGGUGCUUAACCUUGAUGGCUGCCGAAACAUCACUGACGCCAGCUUAAAGGCAAUUGCAGUCAAUUGCCCCUUGCUCUCUGAUCUCGACGUUUCCAAGUGCGCCAUCACUGAUGCCGGGAUUGCUGCCCUUGCCCGUGGCAAACAGCUCAAUCUGGAGAUCCUUUCUCUGUCAUGUUGCUCUUCAGUAUCAGAGAAGAGCUUGCCUGCGUUGAGGAAACUUGGCAACAGCCUCAUCGGACUGAACAUCCGGCACUGCAGCGCAAUCAGCAGCCGUGCAGUUGGCAUGCUUGUUGAACAUCUCUGGAGGUGUGACAUCCUCUGUUGAACCAAAAUCCAAAAAGCCUUGAUAUCUGGCGUGAAAUCGGUGGAAAGUUUCCGAAUCUAUCUAAAUCAGGAAGGUUUUUUUUAGACAGCUUCUAUAGUUAGUGUUGCACAGUUCUGUUUUUGGGUCAAUCAAUUAUGGGUCUUGGCCUUCAUCAUCAUCAUCAUCAUCAUCAUCGCCAUCCAGUACCGGUUUCCCUUUUUCCAGAGAGAGCAGUCAUUUGGUCCUUUUUCCUCAAAUUUUUUGCAGGUUUUCAAACCUGUUCAAAUCUUUUUGGCAUCCUAAAAAGAUUGGAUAGCCACUUUUUAAAUGGCUGUGAUAUCUCUGUGAACAUAGUUAACCUGGUUUUCUGGUAGUUUUUAGGUUUAUCUUUCUUCCAAAGUGCUGGCACCUGAUGUUUUUAGCCAUAUACAUGGCUUUUACAUCGGUUUUGCCACCAUGCUCGUGUCCUAAGUCCUUGUUCAAAGUUUGUUUCAAAUGGUAUUUACCAAAUUAUCUCACAUACUUGAACCUUUCAAGUUCUUGAUGUGAAAAUUUGGUUCUCCCUUUUAGUCCAAGGGGCAUGUUGCUUUCUGAAGUGCUGUUAUAUCAUUUUGGUGUGGUUGCUUUUGCACAAAGUUCAGUUAUGUGAGGAAGCCUUUGUCUUUGAGGGGCUUUGGUCCAUGGCAGCAAGUUAUUCAGGUUCUGCCAUGACAACCUUUAAGGUUGUUUUUUAUUUACCAAGCUCCUAUUUUUUGAGGCUUCAUUCUUUUUUCUUUGAACUUAGUCAUUUGUAACACACCUUUGUUAUUGUGUAAUGGUCUCAACUCAUAUAUGCCCUUUGUACUCUCUAUGUUAUUUAAUGAAUAAAUUCUUUGUAAUAUUUAUUCCCCCCUUAUA